AUGUUCCUCUUCUCCAAAAAACACAAGACUCCCAUCAGCACUUACACCGACUCCUACCGCCCACCAUGCUCUGUCAAAAAGACCAUCUAUGACCAGGGUGCACAGCAGCUCGAGAAAGAAAACAAGUUUGUGACCAAGGGAUUAACGAUGCCCCUGGUGCAAAAUCCGGCGAGCCAAGGUCAGGCCGAGCAGCUGAUUAAGGCGGCCAUGCAGGAGUACUACAGGAACACCAUUGACCCCGCUGCCUACUGGAAUGAGAAGUACUGGCUGGCCAGGUCCGAAGAGAGGUACAACCCAGUUUUUGUCAACGAAGUCAAACACAUCACCUGCAGAACAGGUCCCUACAACAGCACAGCCUGGAAUAAACACUCCUUUUACAUCCCCCUCCUGCCCAAGGAGACAAGGAUGGAGACCAUCAUGCACAGCAUAUCCGUGCCAUAUCCCCUGAAACCCACCUGCCUCAGUCAAUUUGAGAGGGAGUUGCUCGCCAACAUGCCACACAGGCUACCCUUGUACACCGUGACGGGGAGGGGAUGCUUCCAGGGCUACUACAGCCCCUCUUCUGGGCGCCACUACUGCCUGAGAGCAAUGGGCUACGACGUUGAUGGGGCAUCUACCAUCAGAAGGCAUCUCCGUGCACUAGGAGAGAGGGCU